AUGGGAUGUACGGGGUCCAAGUUAGACCCUCAUGAAAAGGAGGCCUACCUACAAAAUGCAAAGAUUGAACGCCAGCUACGACAGGCAAGAAGGGCCGAAGCUCGGACAGUCAAAAUCUUGCUAUUAGGUGCGGGCGAGUCGGGCAAAUCAACCAUCAUCAAACAAAUGCGAAUCAUUCAUUCCAGUGGCUUCCAAGAGGAUGAGAGAGUCCAAGUCAGGGCGGUCAUCUAUUCCAAUGUCGUGGUUGCCUUCCGCGUCCUGUACGAGAUCAUGCAGGAUGAAAAGAUCGACUUUGAAGAUGAGAGCAAUGAAGCUCACGCCGAAUUCCUUGAAAGCAUUAAUGCCGAUGUGGAUGCUCACGAAGCGUUCAGAGACCAGGCAGUCAAAGAGGCCAUGCUCACACUGUGGAAAGAUGCAGGUGUCCAGAAAGCCGUCGCCAAAGGCCACGAGUUUGCGCUCCACGACAAUCUCAGUUUUUAUUUCGAGAACAUCUCUCGCAUGUUUCAACCGGACUGGAUCCCCAACGAUCAGGAUAUGCUUCACGCUCGCCUGCGCACCACCGGUAUCACCGAGACUGUCUUUGAGCUCCGAGAACUCACAUUUCGCAUGAUGGAUGUUGGAGGCCAGAGAUCUGAACGUAAAAAAUGGAUACACUGUUUUGAAGGCGUUCAAUGUCUCUUGUUUAUGGCCGCCCUCUCCGGCUACGAUCAAUGUCUGGUGGAAGAUGUAAACGCCAAUCAGAUGCACGAGGCUCUCAUGCUCUUUGAAUCCUUGGUCAAUGGGGAGUGGUUCAAGGAUAAGCCAAUCAUCUUGUUCCUGAACAAAAUCGACCUCUUCCGCGAGAAACUACGGAUUUCACCUCUGUCGGCGCACUUUGCGGAUUACACCGGGAAGGAUGGUGACGAAGUAGCAGCAAGAGAGUACUUUGCCAACCGCUUCCGAUCCCUCAACCGCAACAACCACCGAGAGAUCUACAUCCAUUUCACAAAUGCCACCGACACCAACCUUCUCAAAGCUACCAUGGAUGCUGUACAGGAUAUCUUGAUCCAGAAGAAUCUUCAACGUCUGGUGCUGUAA